UCUACGUCAGCGUGCUGACGUCACGAGCCGGGUACUCAAGGCGGGUCAGGUCAGCUGGCUGCAGGCGGUGGGCUGCGCGUACCCUGCCGGGCUCGAGCCCAGGCCCCGCCCUGCUGAGCCAGCCCCUCCGCUCGCGAGGGCCCCCCCGGGGGUGACCACGGAGCCGCGGUCCCCGCGCUAGACUGGGGCGGCCUGCCCGGAACUACUCGAUGAGCCUGAAAUGCCUUCUACAUGGAUAAAUGUGGCCAAAGUUCUGCUGUCCCUCUGCAUCCAUCUGUGCUGAUUUCUCGCGAUAGUUCCUGUGCCUCUUUAAUGGAAGCCUUCCCUUUCACAGCACUUUGGGAAUCUUUCACUUAGGAUGCAGUUUACCAAUCUUGAUAUCUUUGGUAAUUCACUAUUUUAUACAUCUCUUCUGUCUAGGGAUGGUGGAGUUGAAGAAAGGCUCCUUUAACCCCUCUUCAGGAUGAACCCCCUGCCAGAAGACAUGGAGAACGCUCUCACAGGGAGCCAGAGCUCUCAUGCUUCUUUACGUGAUGUCCAUUCCAUCAACCCUACACACCUCAUGGCCAGGAUCGAGUCCUAUGAAGGAAGGGAAAAGAAAGGCAUAUCUGAUGUCAGGAGGACUUUCUGUUUGUUUGUCACCUUUGACCUCUUAUUUGUAACAUUACUGUGGAUAAUAGAGUUAAAUGUGAACGGAGGCAUUGAGAACACAUUAGAAAAGGAGGUGGUACGGUAUGACUUCUACUCUUCUUAUUUUGAUAUAUUUCUUUUGGCAGUUUUUCGAUUCAAAGUGUUAAUCCUUGCGUAUGCUGUAUGCAGACUGCGCCACUGGUGGGCGAUAGCGUUGACAACAUCAGUGACGAGUGCCUUUUUACUAGCAAAAGUGAUCCUCUCGAAGCUUUUCUCUCAAGGGGCUUUUGGAUAUGUGCUGCCCAUCAUUUCAUUCAUCCUUGCCUGGAUUGAGACAUGGUUCCUGGAUUUCAAAGUGUUACCGCAAGAGGCAGAAGAAGAAACCAGACUCCGGAUAGUUCAGGAUGCUUCAGAGAGGGCGGCACUUAUACCUGCUGGUCUUUCUGAUGGUCAGUUUUACUCUCCUCCUGAGUCUGAAGCAGGAUCUGAAGAAGCUGAAGAAAAGCGGGACAGUGAAAAAGCCCUUUUAGAACUAUGACUACUGCUUUUGUUAAAUGUAAAAAACCCUCACUGAAAAUCACCACAGGAAAAAAAAGACUGGAGAUGGGAACUCCCUAUGGAAGUUGAAAUGGGACAUCCACUACUGACUCGAUUGUACGGCUAAUAAAGAACUUAUUUAUUGUAAUACCUCACAGACAUUGUACCAUAUCCACAUGCACUUAGUAGCUGCCUGUGGCUGGUAAGAUAAUGUAAUGAUCCAUCCUCCGUUCAGUGAGACUCAGUCUGAUCGCUUAGUGAAUAGUUGCAGAAAUGUCUAGUGCUGUACUCCUAAUCAAAAGACUUCUUAAUAUAUUGGAAUAAAACUUUUUUAGUAAGUAAAACAUCUUUUAUUUGAAUGCACAGAAUGGAAUUGUGUUGUUUCAUGUCUCAGAUUUCUUUUGUAUUUCUUUUUUAGCAUCCUACAUUUCCCGUGUGUUCUUUUUUUAACACAUGCACAUGCGCUGUUUAUACAAUUUUAAAAAGUAAUAAAAUCCAACAUAUCAAAAUGAUUAGUUUUAUUUUUUUGUUUUGCAUUGCGUAUUUGGCCUAAAAUGUUGGAAUUAGAAAAGGGGGACAAGGAGGGAUUGUGAAUACAUAUAAAGGGUCACCAGACAUUGGUAUUAUUUUUAUUAUGAAAUAGCAUCUUUCUCUUAGAAGUAUUGCUCUUAAAUAGUUUGAUCACUUUCAUUUUGAACCCAUAUAUGACUUCAUUGCCAUCAUUUCCCCUUUGUGUUUAGCUAAUUUGGAUUAAAGUGAAUUAAUUAUA